AUUAAUUGUUCCGUGGAAAGCAAUACGUAUUAAGAACAUACGUUCAGAGAUGAAUGUGUUACCAUCGCCAAAGAUCCUUUUUCUGAGCCUAAGUGUUAUUCUAUUUAUAAUUAUCACUCAAUUUGAUUGGCGUUGUGCUGCUGUUAAAAAAGCUGACUCGCCAAGAAAAUAUCUGGGAUUUAAAAUGAACAAAGGUCGCUUUGGAAAUCAGCUUUUCCACUUCAUCUCCGGUUAUGGAAUUGCAAGGACCUUAAACAGAACUCAUUAUUUGUCGUUACAAGAUGAUGCAAUAGCCCACGUAGUCAAUUUUCUGCGCCAGUACAAAGAUGUGUUUCCACGUUUGCAGGACACAUUUGUUUUGGCACCAUAUGACGCAAAUGAGACACAAGUGGAUUUCAUAGGUGGAUGUUGCAAUUUUCUCAAUCCUUUGAGGUAA